ACGAUGCGCCUUUUUCUGCUCGCGGUUUUCUUCUCGUGCUCUUGUGCACGAGCUGGUUGUGAGCCAAAGAUAGUGAACAUCGGAGCCGUCCUAAGCCAGAAGAGAUACGAACAGGUAUUUAAGGAUGCGGUGACUCAAGCCAACCAGGUUUAUGGCAGAGAUAAAUUCAAGCUCACCGCCAUCUCUGUCACCCACAAACCCAAUGCUAUUCAGAUGGCGCUGUCUGUCUGUGAAGACCUCAUCUCCAGCCAGGUCUAUGCAAUCCUGGUGAGCCAUCCACCACAGUCUAAUGACCAUCUGACGCCCACGCCUGUUUCUUACACUGCAGGAUUCUACCGCAUCCCCGUGGUGGGGCUCACCACACGGAUGUCCAUCUAUUCUGACAAGAGUAUUCACCUGUCCUUCCUACGUACAGUGCCACCCUAUUCACACCAGGCGCAUGUGUGGUUUGAUAUGAUGCGUGAGUUUCGCUGGAAUCACAUCAUUUUGAUUGUUAGCGAUGACCAUGAAGGCCGAGCUGCUCAGAAGAGGCUGGAAACUCUGCUUGAGGAGCGGGAAACCAAGAAUAAAAAAAGGAACUAUGAAAACCUCGACCAACUGUCCUAUGACAACAAGCGUGGACCCAAGGCAGAGAAAGUCCUCCAGUUCAACCAGGAGACUAACCUCACGGCCCUGCUCCUCGAGGCUAAAGAGCUGGAGGCUCGUGUCAUCAUUCUGUCUGCCAGUGAGGAGGAUGCAGCUGCAGUAUACAAGGCUGCGCGUUUCCUCAACAUGACUGGUUCUGGUUACGUUUGGCUUGUCGGAGAGCGAGAGAUGUCCGGUAAAGCUCUGAGUGAGGCACCAGACGGUCUGAUCGGCCUCCAGCUCAUCAACGGGAAGAAUGAGUCAGCGCACAUCAGCGAUGCCGUCGCUGUGGUGGCUCAGUCCAUCCAGGAGCUGUUUGAGAAAGAGAACAUCACAGAACCGCCAAGAGGUUGUGUGGGCAACACCAACAUCUGGAAGACAGGGCCGCUGUUCAAAAGGGUUCUAAUGUCAUCUAAGUAUCCUGAAGGACUGACCGGACGUGUGGAGUUCAAUGAUGAUGGAGACAGGAAAUACGCCCAUUACAGUAUUCUGAACUACCAGAAGAGUCGACUGAUUCAAGUUGGCAUUUAUAACGGAACACAGGUUGUGAUGAACAAGCAGAGGAAGAUCAUCUGGCCAGGAGGGGAGACAGAGAGACCAAGGGGUUUUCAGAUGUCGACACGACUUAAGAUAGUCACUAUACACCAGGAGCCUUUUGUGUAUGUGAAACCUACAAUGCCGGAUGGGACCUGCAAGGAAGAGAUGACACUUAAUGGAGUCUUAAUUAAAAAGGUGAUCUGCACUGGGCCCAAUGAGACCAUCCCAGGACGCCCAAUAGUUCCACAGUGUUGCUAUGGUUUCUGCAUUGACCUUCUGAUCAAGUUGGCUAUGACUAUGAACUUUACCUAUGAGGUUCACCUGGUCGCGGAUGGGAAAUUUGGAACGCAGGAGAGAGUAAACAACAGCAACAAGAAAGAGUGGAAUGGGAUGAUGGGAGAGCUCUUGGGAGGCCUUGCAGACAUGAUUGUGGCUCCACUGACUAUAAACAAUGAACGAGCCCAGUACAUAGAAUUCUCCAAACCUUUUAAAUACCAGGGACUCACCAUUCUUGUUAAAAAGGAAAUCCCUCGCAGUACGCUGGACUCGUUCAUGCAGCCUUUCCAGAGCACGCUGUGGCUGCUGGUGGGUCUUUCGGUGCAUGUGGUGGCGGUGAUGCUUUACCUACUAGACCGGUUCAGCCCAUUUGGAAGGUUUAAAGUAAACAGUGAAGAAGAAGAAGAAGAUGCCCUCACCUUAUCUUCAGCAAUGUGGUUUUCCUGGGGAGUAUUGCUGAACUCUGGUAUUGGAGAAGGUGCACCACGCAGCUUCUCAGCAAGAAUCCUAGGAAUGGUGUGGGCUGGUUUCGCUAUGAUCAUUGUGGCAUCCUACACUGCCAACCUGGCUGCCUUCCUGGUGCUGGAUCGGCCUGAGGAGCGCAUCACUGGCAUCAAUGACCCAAGGCUGAGAAACCCAUCAGAUAAGUUCAUCUACGCCACAGUGAAGCAGAGCUCGGUGGACAUCUACUUCCGGCGGCAAGUUGAGCUGAGCACCAUGUACCGCCACAUGGAAAAGCACAACUACGAGAGUGCUGCUGAAGCUAUCCAGGCUGUUCGGGACAACAAGCUGCAUGCUUUCAUCUGGGACUCUGCGGUGCUGGAGUUUGAGGCCUCGCAGAAGUGCGACCUGGUAACCACGGGAGAGCUGUUUUUCCGUUCGGGCUUUGGCAUAGGCAUGCGCAAGGACAGCCCCUGGAAACAGAAUGUGUCCCUGGCCAUUCUCAGUUCCCAUGAGAAUGGCUUCAUGGAGGAUCUAGAUAAAACCUGGGUGAGAUACCAGGAGUGUGACUCACGGAGCAAUGCCCCAGCCACACUCACCUUUGAAAACAUGGCAGGUGUAUUCAUGCUGGUUGCUGGAGGCAUUGCAGCCGGGAUCUUCCUCAUUUUCAUUGAGAUUGCAUACAAACGCCACAAAGACGCCCGCAGGAAGCAGAUGCAGCUGGCCUUCGCGGCCGUCAAUGUCUGGAGGAAGAACCUACAGGAUAGGAAAAGUGGUAGAGCAGAGCCUGACCCCAAAAAGAAAGCCUCUUUUAGGUCCAUCAGUACCUCCCUGGCUUCCAGCAUCAAGAGACGUAGGUCCUCCAAAGAUACGCAGUACCCACCCACUGACAUCACGGGCCAACUGAACUUGUCCGACCCGUCUGUCAGCACAGUGGUGUGA